ACAUACACUAAUUGCUAAGCCGUUUAGAACCUUUCCAAAAAUUAGAUUCUCAAAAGGGAGAUUUUUCACGACCAACUGUGUUUGCAGGUGAAUAAAUGACGGAACAGUUGCUGCUUCAUGGAACUCUUGAAGUGAAGAUCUAUAGGAUCGAUAAGUUGCAUCAACGUUCAAGAUUCAAUUUAUGCGGCAAGGGGAACAAGGAACCGACGGGUAAAAAGACUCAAUCCCAAAUAAAGAGACUAACAGACUCAUGCACAAAUUUGUUUGGAGGACAUCUCUACGCAACUGUUGACCUAGACAGGUCAAGGGUAGCUCGAACCAUGAUGAGACGUCAUCCUAGAUGGUUACAAUCCUUUUAUAUCUACACCGCACAUUCAAUCUCUAAAAUCGUAUUCACGGUCAAAGAAGAUGAACCGGUCAGUGCAAGUUUGAUCGGUCGAGCUUAUUUACCUGUCACCGAAGUCAUCACCGGACAACCUAUAGACCGAUGGCUCGAUAUCUUAGACGAGAACAGGAGACCAGUCCAAGGAGAUGCCAAAAUCCAUGUCCGUGUGAAGUUCACUCACGUGAGACAGGACGUGAAUUGGAAUAAAGGAAUCAUAUUACCUUCUUUCAAGGGAGUUCCUAACGCGUUUUUCAACCAAAGAGAAGGUUGCAAAGUUACUCUUUAUCAAGACGCUCACGUUCUUAGCGAAUACCCUGAUAUUACUCUCGCUGGAGGACAAGUGAUUUACAAGCAUCAUCGGUGUUGGGAAGAGAUUUUUGAUGCGAUAUGGGAUGCAAAACAUUUGAUAUAUAUAGCUGGUUGGUCGGUAUACACCGACGUAACAUUGAUCAGGGAUCCUAAACAAUCUAGACAGGGAGGGAACCUGAAGUUAGGUGAAUUGUUGAAGAAGAAAGCGGACGAAAACGUGACCGUUCUGAUGCUUGUGUGGGACGAUAGAACGUCUAACGAAGUGUUUAGGAGAGACGGUUUGAUGAUGACUCAUGAUCAAGAAACUUACAAUUACUUCAAGAACACGAAAGUGCGUUGCGUUCUCUGUCCGCGGAAUCCGGAUAAUGGUGAGAGCAUUGUACAAGGGUUCGAGGUCGCUACCAUGUUUUCUCACCAUCAAAAAACAAUUGUGGUCGACGGUGAAGUGGACGGGUCAAGCACCAAGAGAAGGGUAGUGAGUUUUCUUGGAGGGAUUGAUCUUUGUGAUGGGAGAUACGACACUGUGGAGCAUCCUUUGUUUGGUACUUUGAAUGGUGUUCAUGCUAAUGACUUUCACCAGCCAAACUUUGAUGGCGCUUCAAUUAGAAAAGGCGGUCCACGUGAGCCAUGGCACGAUAUUCACUGCAAGGUGGAUGGUCCUGCUGCGUGGGAUGUUUUAUACAAUUUUGAGCAGAGGUGGAUGAAACAAGGUAGUGGUAGAAGGUACCUUAUCUCAAUGGCACAGCUCGCAGAGAUCACUGUUCCGCCACUUCCAAUUGUACAACCAGACAAUGAAGAAGGCUGGACAGUUCAAGUUUUCCGGUCCAUAGAUAACGGUGCAGUUGAAGGGUUUCCAGAGGAUCCACGUGAAGCUUCAAGUGUAGGACUUAUAAGCGGGAAAGAUAACGUGAUCGAAAGAAGCAUACAAGACGCGUACGUUAAUGCCAUAAGGAGAGCCAAGCACUUCAUCUACAUAGAGAACCAAUAUUUUCUUGGAAGCUCAUUUGGAUGGAACUCUAGAGACAUUAACUUGAAUGAGAUCAAUGCAUUACAACUCAUUCCCAAAGAAAUUUCUCUGAAAAUCGUGAGCAAGAUCGAGGCAGGCGAGAGGUUUGCCGCGUAUAUCGUGAUACCGUUAUGGCCUGAAGGCAAACCUGGUUCUGCCUCGGUUCAAGCAAUACUAGACUGGCAAAGGAGAACAAUGGAGAUGAUGUAUACAGAUAUCAUCAUUCCAGAGCCGAAUUCUGAUUACGCAAGAGCUCAAGAAUCUCGUCGGUUCAUGAUCUAUGUUCACUCUAAAAUGAUGAUUGUUGAUGAUGAAUACAUAAUAAUAGGAUCAGCCAAUAUAAACCAAAGGUCUAUGGAUGGAGGUCGAGACUCAGAGAUUGCAAUGGGAGCAUACCAACCUAGCCAUCUACUAUCUACUAAUAACAUGAGGCCGACGGGUCAAGUGUUUAGCUUUAGGAUAUCACUAUGGCUCGAACACCUGCGGAUCAUAACUAACGCGUUUCAGUGCCCCGAAAGCGAAGAGUGUAUAAGAAUGGUAAAUGCAAAGGCAGAUGAGCUAUGGGGAUUAUACUCAGCACAAGAGUACCCUCGAGAUCAGGAUUUACCGGGCCAUUUGCUUAGUUAUCCUAUUAGCAUUGGUAGCAACGGGGAAGUAACAAAUCUUGCUGGGACUGAGUUCUUUCCUGAUACUAACGCAAAGGUGGUAGGCGAAAAAUCUAAUUAUCUUCCUCCAAUCCUCACUUCUUAGGUGAUAUAUAUAACACUUUCAUUGUAUACUCUUAAAAUAUGUUUUUUCGAUUUAUAGCGAUAUUUUGCAUGCAUGCCUGUAUAAAUAAGUUACAACAUCAUUGUAGAUAAUCAUUCGAAAACCACGAGCUACACCUAUUUAACAAAAGAGAAAUCCAAAAUUCCAAACCAACAGUAUAAUAAGAAUUAUAAUCAACAUUAUAUUGUUGGAAUGGAGCUAUUUGCUGGAUUUGAGCUUCCACAACU